UUGCUGUUGCCGGUGAGGUCGUUGGACUCGCGUCGCUAGGCAACCCAUCGAUACUCAGACCCGUUCUUCGGUCACUUUUCAAACCUCUUCACCGCAGUGAAAAGUGUGGACACUGGCCGCCCGCCACCAGUAAGCAACCGGUUACUUUUCUCGCAACCGUCAUCGUUCCUAGAAUUGCAGCUCCCGUUCUCGAUCGAAAAAUAUGGCUCCUGGGACCGAAGACAAAUCCGAUCAGCUGAUCGCGGAAAACAGCAGCCCGAGAAGGGAUUCAGCCGAGCAGCAGUCGGAAGUCGACGGCGCAGGAAAAGGAGGACAAGCAGCGGCGCAUUGUCAGAUAAAGUGUGCUAAUUGUGAUGGAAUUUUUUCGCCGGUCAACUUCGACGAGCAUGUGUGCGAGUACGAUGAGCGGAAGAAACGAAUCGAACCGGGAAACGUGCUGGACGGUCAUCCGUGCUUCCGGCAGAUCGAGCAGAAUAUGGAACAGUGGAAGAAGUUGACCAAGAAGAAGAGCCGCGUCACGGGUGGUGAUGCGGAUGAGACGAAGGACAAGAAGAAAAGUAAGGGUCUCAUUGAGAAGGAAAGGCAUCGAUGCGGGCAUUGCGAGCGAAUGUUUGUGCAUGUGUCUGGGUUGGAGAAGCAUCGGGCGAAAGUACACCCGGAGAUGGUUGGUCAGAAGGAAAAGGAGAAGGACAAGGACCCAACGGAGUCGUUCAAGGUAUGCCUGAAAUGUGCUAAAUGUGGGAUGAUUUUCGGUUCGUUGGACAAAAUGAUGGAACACUUGGAGAUGGUCGAUUGGGAGUGGGAAUUGGAACAGGAAGAUGGCAGCUACAUGGAAAACGGGAAGGUGUGCUUGCGCAAGGCAUUCCGGAUCGUCAUUUUGACGUCAGUUUACCAGUGCGAAUUUUGCGAUAAGCAUUUCUCGGAUUUUCCCUCGCUGUAUCAGCAUGAAUCGCUGCAUGAUCCAAUUUCCGGGUACGAGUGCACCCUGUGUGAGAUUCGGAUCCCGUGCGUGAAGGAUAUGCUGUUCCAUAGGUUGAACGAGUGUGUUUUUCGGGAUGCGUGGAAUGAUGAAUUUAGGAACCUGCCGAAGUAUUUUGCCUGCAACGUGUGUGACGAUCAAUUUGAGAGCUUGGGAGCGCUCUACGAGCAUCGCUACGGAAACUACCACCUGUUUCCACGGCCCUCGAAAAUGGAGGAAAAUGAGUCGUGUGAUCAGUUGAAAGUGGGAUGUGAGGUUUGCGGAACAAGCUUCGAUAAUGCAGACUCGAUAAUCUCUCACUACACGGAUGUUCACUGCAAGAAGAAACAAAGCAAUUUUGGGAUUCGUCGUCAGCCUACCGAAAAACGUGACUCGACGACGACCACUACGAGUCCACCAUGUUGUUCAACGAGACCGUACUUGUGCGAGCUUUGCGGUAAAACCUACACCCAGUCCAGCCACCUAUGGCAACAUCUGCGCUUCCAUAAUGGUAUUCGUCCGUUUACAUGCCCAGAAGCCGGUUGCAAUCGUAGUUUCACUAUUCGCCCAGAUCUUAAAGAUCACAUUCGGAAGUGCCACACCGGCGAGCGUCCGUAUCAUUGCACCCUUUGCGACAAGCGUUUCCUGACCGGAUCGGUGUACUACCAGCAUCGGCUUAUUCAUCGUGGCGAACGCCGUUAUGGCUGCGAAGAGUGCGGUAAGCGCUUCUAUCGAGCAGAUGCACUGAAGAACCAUCAAAGAAUCCACUCCGGUGAGAAACCAUUUGCCUGUCACCACUGCCCGAAGCAGUUUCGGCAGCGUGGCGAUCGUGAGAAACAUAUACGGGUAAAGCAUUCCGGUCCUUCCGAGAAACAAGAAUCAUCGUUGGCCUACCAAGGCACACCGCUGACCAGUCGUACCAGGUCAAAAAGACAGCAGCAGCAGCGCAGGGGUGGCCCCAAGAGAUUGUCUCAGCAAGUGGAACCCCCGGAGGAACCUGCCGUCGUGGAACAGGUUAUAGAUGGAUCACAAGUGAUUUACGUCGGUGAAGUGUCCCUGCCGGCUAGUUUGUUUCAACCAAUUAUGAACGAUAUUGAUAUGUUAUGAAGUUUUCUUUCGCGCAUGCUUAAUUAUUGCACAUUUUUUUUUUUUGGUGUUUUGUUUCCGUUUUCGAUUUUAUUAGGGUAGGAAAUUUCCAGAAAAUUGUGGUCUGAAUUUCAAUUCUUGACAACGCAGAAAUUUAAUAUAUUGUACCUACGCUAUGAAUUCUUAAUAUAUUCUAGAUUAACAAACUACGAGUAGUUUAAUUUGAUCCAUUUGAUUUCCUACAAAUUUUCAUGUACUAAAUCGAU